UUCAACCGCGGCACGUUAAUUCGGGUGUGCCUGGACGCGCAUCUUCCAAUCAGAUACGAGCGCACAGAGAAUUGGAGCGAGCGCAAAAUCCACGCCAAAGUUCCUUCCUUGAUGAUAGUUAACGCAUAAGCACUGUGAGGAUGUGAGUGGUGAUUUUAUGACUUUGGUCAGGCUCGGCAAUAUGCGCGUCGGUGGCGGCGCCCUGCUGCGGAGUGGUUGGACUUGCUCGAGGAAACAGAGGAGGGCGGUCAUCAAAGCGUGACGGCAAACGCGAUUUUGUCGCUCUGUCGACUGUUUCAUUCCCGGCUGUGCGUCGGACGCGAAGUCUGUAUUGCGAACCCCCACACACCCCCACCCACCCCGCUGUUGAACAACACCUUCGCGCAUUCUAAAGUCCGCUUCGGUGAUGCCAUGCCACGGAAACACAGCGGAGAUGAAGGCGCCACCGGGCUCUGGAUGAGGACCUCGCCGGGCCACCACCGCGCCGAAGGCUACGGCAUGAAAGAUGUCGAAUCCGGGCGGAAGAUGGUGAACAGCGCGGGAGACGGCUUGCUCUCGGCCUGCAACGCCGUCGGCGCCCCCGGUUCCGACAGCUUGCGAGAGAAGCAAGGAGCCCGGCUCAGCUUGCUCGGCAAGCCGCUCAUAUACAGCGCGCAAAGCGGGCGCAGGAAUGUUCGCUACCGGCGGCUCCAAAACUACCUGUACAACGUGCUGGAGAGACCAAGAACCUGGGCCUUCAUCUACCAUGCAUUUGUGUUCACCUUGGUCUUCAGCUGCCUGGUCCUCUCGGUGUUCUCUACUAUUCCAGCUCAUCAGGACUUCUCCUCUUACUGUCUGCUUAUUCUGGAGUUUGUCAUGAUUGUGGUGUUUGGGUUGGAGUACAUCAUCCGCAUCUGGUCGGCAGGAUGCUGCUGUCGCUAUAGAGGAUGGCAGGGACGACUCCGCUUUGCCAGAAAGCCAUUCUGCGUCAUCGACAUCAUAGUGCUGAUUGCAUCAGUUGCUGUGGUGUCGGCUGGAAGCCAGGGCAACAUCUUUGCCACGUCAGUCCUGCGUAGCCUUCGUUUCCUACAGAUCCUGCGCAUGGUGCGAAUGGACCGAAGAGGGGGUACAUGGAAGCUGCUAGGUUCUGUGGUCUACGCACACAGCAAGGAACUGGUUACUGCUUGGUACAUUGGUUUCUUGGUUCUCAUCUUCUCUUCAUUCCUUGUCUACAUUGUGGAGAAUAAGUUCAACAAAGAGUUUGCCACAUAUGCGGAUGCCUUGUGGUGGGGCACGAUCACUCUGACAACCAUUGGCUAUGGGGACAAGACGCCAAAGACAUGGACAGGAAGGAUGUUGUCUGCUGGGUUUGCACUGUUGGGGAUUUCUUUCUUUGCCUUACCUGCAGGUAUUCUGGGCUCAGGAUUUGCUCUGAAGGUCCAAGAGCAGCACAGACAGAAGCACUUUGAAAAGAGGAGAAACCCUGCAGCUUACCUUAUUCAGUGUGUUUGGCGUAGUUAUGCAGCUGAUGAGCACUCGGUUUCCAUUGCUACCUGGAAGCCUCACUUGAAAGCGUUGCAUACCUGCAGCCCUACAAAAAAAGACCAAGGAGAACCAACUACAAGCCAGAAACUCAGCUUCAAGGAGCGGGUGAGGAUGGCUAGCCCAAGAGGUCAGAGCAUCAAGAACAGGCAGACAUCCUCAGUGAAUGACCGUCGUUCUCCAGUGGCAGAGGCUGGUACCGAAGGCAUUAGCCCUGCCAAGGUACAGAAGAGCUGGAGUUUCAAUGAUCGCACGCGCUUCAGACCAUCACUGCGCCUUAAAAGCCAGUCGCGAUCCACCACUGAUGCAGACUCUAACAUGGCAGCAGACGAUGGUUUUGAUGAGAAAGGCUGUCACUGUGAGAUCUCAGUGGAGGACUUGCUGCCUUCAGUCAAGUCUGCCAUUAGAGCAAUUAGAAUAAUGAAGUUCCAUGUUGCAAAGAAGAAGUUUAAGGAGACCCUGCGUCCUUAUGAUGUGAAGGAUGUGAUUGAGCAGUACUCUGCAGGGCAUUUGGACAUGUUGUGCCGCAUUAAGAGCCUACAAACUCGACUGGACAUGAUUGUAGGCCCACAGCCCCAAAGCAGCCGUGCCAAGACUUUUUCCUCCCCCUUCCUGCCUCUCUAUUACAGCCAGGGCAGAAAGAACUCCACCCAAGGGGUGGACCAAAUCCUUGGGAAGGGACAGAUUCCCCUGGAUAAGAAGAUUCGUGAAAAGUUGCUGUCUGAUGGAGAUUUACUGGAGGACAUGAGCAUGUUGGGGCGCGUUUGUAAAGUGGAGCGCCAGGUCCAGUCAAUCGAGUCAAAGCUCGACUCAUUGCUUGACAUCUAUCGGCAGGUUCUGCGGAAGGGCUCAUCCACAGCUCUCACGCUUUCAUCUUUGCCACUGUUUGAGCUGGAACAGACUUCUGACUACCAGUCCUCUGUCUUCAGCAAGGAUCUGUCCUUCCCCAGCCAGGUGAGCAGUGGCACAGUGCCUCACCCUGGCGGCUGCGUCACACGCUCCUCAACCAAUCCCCACCUGUCCCAGGGUGGACUCCAUCUCAUCCUGGCGCCCCCGAAUGAUCUCGACCUUCAUACCUCCAGCGCUACAACUCCCUCAGGCCCUGCUUCCUCAUCUUUCAGCCCGUCAUCAGUGCUGCAUCACCACCAUCUUCCCCACCACCACCAUCGUCAACCCCAACAUCACACACAAGAUCAGUCUACUACACCUGAAAGUGGCAACGAUGAAACAUUAGGGACCUCUCCUCCCAUCCUCACACCAAACAGUAUCUGCAGCGUUGGGGGUGGAGGAGCAGCAGAUGAGAGAUUUUGUCUUCUGGCAAGGCUCCCACCACCACCUCCUCCAAACAGAAAUGUAGGUCUUAGCAACUUGAUGAGAUCAACCUCCAAUGAAAAUUCACCUGAAAGUGAAGAUUUCUGUGAAAGUCUAGAAUUACAAAUCAAAGACGGCAGCAUCGGGGAGGAAGUCGGUCCAGAUUUGAGGCCCAGCACACUGGGAAAGCAUCAACGGGGUAACGCCACCAACAAGGGCAGACUAAAUGCCAAGGAGGAGGGUUCAUGGAGGAGACAUAUGAGUCUUGAGCUGGAACCCCUGGUUCCACCAACCAUAAGCUGCUGCUCAGGUCCUAGCCAGGUAGAUCGCAGUCUGGGAAAGUCUUUCUCAGUGCAGGACUUGAUGCAGACAGCCCAAGGCAAAAUGCAAGGCACCCGCUGCAACAUUUCAUCACCAGGAUUCAGUCGAAACUCUUCCACUGACUUCCAAAGAAGCUGCCAAGACCGAGGUGCAGGGGCAACUGACAAAUGUUGGGGGGAAGGUGACCUUUUUAUCAAUGACAGGGAAGUGGACAUGCAGGGAUUUGAUUUCCUGUCACAUGGGACAGUCGAGACUCCCUCAUAUUCCUCAGAACUCUUGAGAACAGAGUCUGUGGCAAAAGGGGCAUUCCGCGGGUCCAACCAUAGCCUGGUCGCUGCUCAUUCAUCCUCACCCACUGCUAGCAGCACUGAAUUACUGAAAAUGCAGCGUGUUCGAUUAAAAUAGUGCGUGUUCAGAGGGCAUGGAAAUCUCACGCAAUAGAAGGAUAGCUUUUUGUCAUUUUUUUGUGUGAACGUGGAAUAAAGUGGUGUCCUUUUUUUAUUUUGUUGAUCUAAGUUUAUAACAAUCACAAUAUUUUCAUACUGGUUAUGAAUCUUACCAAUACUGUUUUAAUGUUUCAUUGCAUGAAGUAGCCACUUGUCAUUCUAAACUUGAGACUUUGAAGAUAUUUGGUUGAAGUAUUCAUUGAGUGUUAAAGAGAUGGGCAAGAAUGUUUACAGUACAUUCCAAAAAUGUAAGUCUGGACUCUGACUGUGGCCAAGUUCUCUCUCUCUCUCUCUCUCAUAUACUGUAUAUAAAAUCAUAUUCCCAUCGCAAUUGUAACCCUUUUUGUUGGUGGUGGAGCUCAAAGAGACGUGACUAUUUGACUCACUUAGCUUACUUCCACCAUCAUAAACACACAACACGUGUAGGUCAGCUCCACAAGGCCUUAUCGGCGCACUCGGCUGUAAUGCAAAUAAACCGGCGUACAAUUUACAUGUAAUACAAAAUAUAAAAUGAAAAGAAUACAAUGAAAAUGUGCCUGCACAAACAUACAACGUGCACUGAUUAGCCCCAAAAGGCCAUUUCAGCUCAUUCAGAAAUAAAUUGUUACGUUAGCAUUUUUUGGCUGAGUAACUACUAGCAAGUGCAUGGCGCUACCCAACUCAUCACGAACUGGCAGCACCUGCGGCACACCCAGCUAUUUAUAGCCAUUACGUUAAGACAAGUGGAAUCAGUCCACUUCCAAAUUCACCCUGCUGCUACACAAUACGCGAUGCCCCACCCCCAUCCAUGACAAGAAAAAGUGAAUUGUGCUGUUGUUUAACUUUAUAUUCUUGACAUAACGUCCAAUGGUAACAUGUGCCAUAAAAAUGUUUAAUAUUGAAUUAUUGCAUUAAUUGGACUUGUAAAUCUCCUCUUCCUCUUGCAUGAAACAGAAGUGGGUCCAUUUUUGAAUGCCAAGAGAUUCUUUUCUCUAAAGUAUAGGACAUGAUUGCAUGAAAAGCUACCUUAUUGAAGACCAUCUCGAAAACCAGAAUGUGUGCGUGUGUGUGUGUGUGUGUGUUAGGAAGGGCGAAAACUCGGGUCAUUUUGUUAAGUAUUGAUGUUGAUUUCUGCUCAUAUUUUUUAAAUUUGGGCCUUGGCUUCUAUAUCCGACGUGUUUUGUGAGAAAAAAAAGCUAAUUAAUAUGACAAAUGUAUGUAAAAUGUGACUGCUAAAUGUAAAAUGCCAGCUCUGACAUCAAGACAAAAUGUGCUGUACAUAUGCAGGUGCCUUGCUUUUGUGGAACAUUUUCUACAAAUUUGGGAUUCCCCACCCCCCCAUUCCCCCCCAAAAAUCAUGAAGUUCCUUAACUGUUGUAGAUUUUGAAUUUUCUUUCCAACUAGAUAUUUUCUUUCGCCCAUUGAUUAUUUUGUUACUGGCUAUAAAGCAUCCCUGGGCCUUAAUCGUGUUUUGUCUUUUGAUUUUUUAAAAUGAUGUACAUGUAUUCUCACAAAAGAAAUAAUGUUCAAUUUAUACCGACUGCAAUGUCAUGAAAAUACAAACCCAAUUCCAAUGAUGUUGGCAAGUUGUGUUAAACAUAAAAACAGAAUGAAUUGCAAAUUCUAUUCAAUCUAUAUUGGAUUGAAUAUACUACAAAGACAAGAUAUCAGGGAUGGCAAUGGCUCGUGAUGAAAAAAUUGGAAAGGGGUGUGGCAUGGACGGGGCGAUCAAUCACAACAAUUAAGACAUCAUACACGUCCAAUCGCAGGGCUGUUUACAAUCAGAAGAUGGAAAGACUGAUCGGGAGAGCUCGUGAAAACUCGACGAUAAGGACCCCCGAUAAAAUAUUGUCAACGGAUUUAGACGAUUCACAAAAAUGAUCAAUUUAAGAAAUAAAACGUCGGAUUUCCGCAUAUCCGCGGAAAAUUGCCAUCCCUGAGAUAUUUAAUGUUCAAAGUGAUAAACUGUUUUGUUAUCAACUACCGUAUUUUCACGACUAUUCGACGCACCGUACGGUUGGGCGCAGUCUCAUUAAUGGGUGACAUUUCUGUAUUUUACACAUACACAGGACGCACUGUACUAAUGGGCGCAGUUUUACAGUGGUAAAACAUACGCUUAAAUAUACGGCAUGCAUGCAUGCUAACACGUUCGCUAACACGUUCGCUUGAAGCAUACACUGAAGCUCAAAGCUAAAACACGUUUUUAAAAAGGCAACGAAAGCAGAACUGAGUUCGGUUGUAUUUUAUUUACAAGGUACUCACGUUUUUUGCUCAAUCAUUACUCAGAAAGCCAUCAAAGGCGUCAUCUUCUGUGUCCGAAUUGAACAAUUGUGCAAGUAUCGGUAAUCCAUCCAAGCCGCCGGGUUCCCUCUCGUUGUCAGAGUCACUCUUGUCGUCAUGUGGCUCAUUAUGAGGCGUCCUGUCCAUUUUGGAGAAAAUGUUUGACUUUUAAUGGCGCCUUAUAGUCGUGAAAAUAUGGUAAUCAUUAACUUCGAAUUCUCUGGCAGCAACACAUUCCAAAAAAGUUGCUACGGGUGCCCAAAAAGAUGGAGACAGUUGAGGAAUGCUCAUCAAACACCUGUUUGAAAGAUCCCACUUGUGAUCGGGCUCACUGGAACAGGUGGGCGCCAUAUUUGGUGGAGCUUCCCGAAUUGCUCAGUCAAUCACAAGCAAAAAUGAGCCGUCAACAACUGUGUGAAAAAAUUGUUGAAGAGUUUAAGGACAAUCUUCCUCAAUUUAAAAUAUCAAGUAUAUGAGGGAUUUCAUCAUCAAUCAUUAAAAUAACAUCAACAAAUAAUAUUAAAAGAUUAGGAGAAUGUAGAGAAAUCAAUCACUCCGUCUCAGCGGCAAGGCCGACAACCUAUAUUGAAUGCCCGUGACCUUUGAUCCCACAGGCAGGAACUGCAUCAAUAAAACGACAUCAACGUGAAAGGAUAUCACCACAUGGGCUCAGGAAUUAUUUCAGAAAACCAUUGUCAGUAAAUAGUUUGGCUCAAGCUCUUCUAAAAUGGACUACUGCAAAGUGUUCUGUGGUUUGACGUGUCUGUAUUUCAAAACUGUGUACAUCGUGUCCUUCAGGCCAAAGAGGAAAAGAACCAACCGGACUGCUAGGGGCGCAGAGUGCAAAAGCCAAUAUCUGUAAUGGUAUGGGGCAACUUACACCACAUGCCUCUGUGAAGGCACCAUUCAUGCUGAAAGGUACAUACACAUUUUGGAGAAAAAUUCAUCUAAGCAAAGUCUUUUUCAUGGACACAGCUGCUCAUUUCAUCAAGACAACAUUCUGCAUGUUCCAACAGCGUGGCUUCAUAGUAAAAGAGGGUGGGUACGAGAAUGCCCUGCCUGCACUUCCGAACUGUCUCCCAUUGAACACAUGUGGCGCAUUAUGAAACAGCUGGAGCUGUACAAAUAGCAAGAAUGGGAAAGAAUUCCACUUCCAAAAGCUUCAACAAUUAGAGUUCUCAGGUCCCAAAUGUUGAUUGAAUGAUGUUAAAAGAAAAGGUGAUGGACCACAGUGACCCCGUUCCAGCUGUUUUGUAACAUGUUGCAGACAUAAAAUUUUCAGUUAAUGAUUGUUUACUAAAAACAGUAACGUUUAUCAGCCUGAACAUUAAAUACAUCUUUGAAGUGGUAUUCAUUUGAAUAUUGGUUGAACAUGAUUUGCAAACCAUUUUAUUCAGUUUUUAUUUAUGUUUAACAAAAUGUCUUGGAAUCGGGUUUGUACUGGAAAACCUUUCCUCUCUUAAAUAAAGACCAUCUAUCU